AAAAAGGAUGUUAUCUCUGACCCUGAGUCUAAGCACUUUGGAAUAAGCGAGGUCGCGAGUUAAUUAAAUGAAAUCCUAUGUCCCCGCUAUCGUCUAACCUGAAAACAAUCGCCUUUCGUUGUAGUAAUGUGAACAAAAGAUCAUUCAGUUUAGGCAGGAUCGAGAUGGCUUUCGUUGGGAAAUCGGAUCGUUUCAAUGGGGUCACAGUCUAUUCACGUGACCAGAAUCACGUAGAGAAUUUCGCCGAGAACUUGCAACAGUCGUUGGAGCAAUGGGAUGCGGAAAAGAAAAGAGGCGUGUGGUUCAAAGUGGCCUUGGAAGAAUCCGAUUGGAUACCUGUCCUCGCGAAAAAUGGUUUCAAUUACCAUCACGCUCGCGAUGGGUAUGUUAUGAUGUACAAAUGGUUGCCCACCCAUGAGGCUAGCAACAUACCUCCAUACGCGCACACCAUGCUAGGAGUUGGAGCUGUUGUCGUCAACGAAAAGGACGAUCUUCUGGUCGUAUGCGAAAGGUACAAUCGCAUCACCCCUUGGAAACUGCCAGGAGGAUACGUCGAACCCGGUGAAAAUUUCGUGGACGCCGCCAUCAGAGAGGUGUACGAAGAAACAAACAUCCGCACCGAAUUCAAAAGCGUCCUCUGCUUAAGACACGCUCACGGCGGUCAAUUCAGUUGCUCCGAUUUGUACACAGUGAUCUGUCUGAAACCCAUGACAGAAGACAUCCUGAAAGAUGACCGCGAGAUCCAUGACUGCAAGUGGAUGCCCAUAGCCGACUUCCUGGCGCAUCCGGACAUCCACGAACUGAACAAAUUCUUCGUGCAAAAGUUCUUGGAUAACCGACGAGAUGGCGUCGCCAUCGAAUCCAAGCACGGAAUCCACCAGCUUCUGAAGAAACCGUACACAGUUUACCACGCCUCUACCCAAACCAGUAGCAAAAUGUAGCAAAAAAGAAUAAAUAAAAUCUAGUUUUCAAUUCGCACUUUA